CCCCUGGUCACCGCGCCUGUGCCGCAGGUUGUUGCUCCACACCUUUUCCGCAAACAUCUCCACAUCUGCGCUUCCUGCUUGAACCUGUGCAUGUUUCUCGCCGACGUUUCUCCGUCUAAUGAGGGGCUACCAGCUGUUUGAAGCUGUGUUAGUGACUGUCUGCACGCUCGUCUCUCCCGUAUGUUGUCACAAUGUGAGCUCGGAGGAAACGACGCUGAAUAGCACCGCAGCCGACUUCGACUCGUUCAGAGCGAAGUUUCAGCGCAUCUACGAAGUCAGCGGCGACGAAUACAACCGUCGUCGUCUGUUUUAUCAGAAUGCCACAAAGCGACAUAUGUACCUGAACUCGUUUUCUACAGGGCCACAGUCUGCCAAGUACGGCAUCAACCAGUUCUCUGACCUCUCACAGAAGGAAUUCAGGGAUCUUUACCUGCGAGCAAUCUAUGAUCGAACUCCUCUCUUCUCUGGACUCAGUUUAAAGCAGCUCCCAGCCAAAUUUGACUGGAGGGACAAAGCAGUGGUGGCACCGGUCCAAAACCAACAAUCAUGUGGCAGUUGUUGGGCAUUUAGCGUGGUUGGUGCCAUACAGUCUGUCCAGGCCAUAGGAGGCUCGCAGCUGGAGCAGCUCAGCGUGCAGCAGAUUGUGGACUGUUCCUACCAAAACGAAGGCUGCGAUGGAGGAUCCACAACCAGGGCUCUGAAAUGGUUGAAACAGACCAGUGUGAAGUUGGUGACUCAGUCAGAGUAUCCCUACAAGGCCAAGACAGGAAUCUGCCAUUUUUUCUCCCAGUCACAUGGAGGUGUUGUUAUCAAGAACUUCACUGCACAUGACUUCAGUGGUCAAGAGGAGGCAAUGAUGGGUCAGCUUGUGGAGCACGGCCCUUUGGCUGCGAUCGUAGAUGCUGUCAGCUGGCAGGAUUACCUGGGAGGCAUCAUCCAGCACCACUGCUCCAGCAAAUGGUCCAACCACGCUGUCCUGGUUGUUGGAUACGACACGACUGGGGAAAUUCCAUACUGGAUUGUGCAAAACUCCUGGGGAACAAGAUGGGGGAACGAGGGCUAUGUUUAUAUAAAAAUCGGUGGCAACAUCUGUGGUAUUGCGGAUUCUGCAGCAGCUGUUUUUCUUUGACAUCGCUGUUUGAAAUUUCUGUCUGAGCCAUUCUAUGUGGGUGUUUGACUGUGUGUCAAAAUUGAAAUCAGUCCUGUUUGCCCUCAAGUGUCACUUUAAAUAGUAUUUUAUUAUUAUAAUGUAAACAAUUUGCAUCACUGAAACAAAAUAAAUCACCUCAUAUGUUGGAAAGUGUUUAUUUAUAACACAGAACAAUAAAACACUUACACACCACUGCAAAACUGCAAUAAUACGAAUAGUUUUACUGUACAAAAUACGCAUCCUAUUAUAAUACACAAGGCAGAUACAUGCUGUGGGUAAUAUAACUUGUACAUUUAUCUAUACAGAGAUCACAGUAAUCACUGCAUAAAUACAUCAUACAAUUACAUCCACUGUAUAUAAUACUAUACAAAACAUAUUCAGAACAGCUACAUUACUAUGUACAAGCUUUAUGGUUCAUAUUUUAUAGUGUCACAUUUCUGCUUUGCAAAUGGUUCUAUUGUAGAUGUUGACACUGCUGUGACUGAGGUUUGCUGUCAUUUUAUGUAUCUAAGCCACAUCUCGGCAGUCUGAAACGGCUCCUGCUAUGACACCUUCCCCAUGCCGACAUGAAAGACAAAACCCAUCGUCACUAUCAGCGAUGUCCCUGCGCGCAAGGUUUGAUCACAGCUCUCACUGAUCCAUUUUCUGUCAGGUCAGUCUAAGUUAAUUUAUGCAAUUUUAUUGAGAAAACAUCCAAGCGGCUCUUAUCAAGGAGCCAUCUGCGGCACUGUGUGACUCGCAGUCAAGAUAAAAGCAAAAUAGUCUAAUAUGGCUAUUUGAUUUAUUUGUUGUCAGACAUUGCAUAACAGGCUCUGCAGCCCUGCUUAUGCUGCUGUUUAAUUUUAUUUUUAUUUCUUGUGCCUGCUGAACAUUAAAAUAUAUAAACUUAGUUAUUACUUUACAUUUGUUAUUUUUCUGUAUUUACAUGUCAGAAUACCAAUACAUCCUGAAAAGCCAUCCGGAAAAAUAAUCUACCCCUUGAGCAUAUUCAGGAAUUUAUCCUCUCUGUGUGUUAUCUAUUAAACCAACACCAUGUUUAAAAAAAUGGUAUAAAGCAUCAAAUUAAACUGUGCCCUGCUCCAAAAACUGAACUUCAUCUUAGUAUUUGAGUAAAAUAGGUUAUAUUUAAGACUGAGUAACUAAUUUUUCAGUGCAUACAUCGACCGGAUGUCAUGCAUAAAAUGGAAACAUCAACAAAAUGUGGUCCUUUGAUGGCUUGCAGUUCACCUACGUAUCUGUCACUAAAACUUAUCAGCUGUGCAAAUGAUCCACUUUCUGUUACAGUGAAAGGAAGCCAGGGCAGAUGACGGAGACGUGCUCUAGUCGGAGUCCUCGCUGCUGCAGUAGGAGCUGUCGCAGCACUCGGCCAUGUACGGGAAGGUGUGGACGUUGGGAUUGAGCUUGGGCACCCAGUGGCGAGGCACCAGGAAGGUUGCCAGGUUGAACAGAUCCACAAAGACUUUGUAGCGGUCACUAAAUGCAAACAAAGACAUGAUUAUAUAGAUUUGUGUUCUGUAUUUUCUGAGGAACAAAAGUUAACUUAAAUUGCUGGUCACAUUUUAUAGUUUUUUUUUCUUCUUAGAAAUUACCUUAACUAAAUACAUUGUCAAAUAUAUUGUCACUGUGCAUUCUAGGAGGAAGUGACCAUGUGACAGGUCACUUUAGAUAAGCACAGUAGCACUGGCCUGUCCUUAUCUAAAUUAACUCUGAAGUGUUUGCAGUGUAAAGUGUGUAAUCACAAGCUUAAAGUUAAAGUUUACAUGACACCGUACCUGACAGUAGAUCUCAGGUAGUGGUAGCCAGAUGAGCCCCCGGUGCCAGCUUUGCUGCCAAUCAUACGAUGUACCAUGCACACGUGAUUGUCUAGAAAAACAAAAAAAGAAAAGACAGAAUUAUCCAUUGUGAUAGAACAAUGCGUGUUUUUGCUGCAAACUCUUUAGACAUAAGUCAGGAGUAAGUUGGUUGUAUUUCAUGGGAAUAGGCUGGAUUGAUGAGCAGGCGUAGAAGAUGUUACAAGAUUCUACUACCUGUUGGGUUGUAACCUAACUUUAGAGUUUAGUAACUUUGUUAACUUCCUUGUUAGUCCAGCUUUGCCCUUAGGCAAAAUAUGAAAGCACUGGUUUCUACUAAAAAAAUUAUUCCCUUUUUUCCCCCAAUGUUUUCUGCUCUGCUAUGCUUUUUGCUCUGAGUAUAAGCAGCUACUGAUAAAGAUACUACAAUACUUACAUCUCCAUUUUGUCAUCAGAGUGUCAAUAUCCAUGAGGGAUGUGAGCAGCUGGAAGGGAACCUGAAACCUCGGCUCUUCCCUAAAAGGUAAGAGAAGAUGUUCCACGGAUGAUUUAUGAAAAGCUCUUUGAUUGAUGUUCAUAGAAGUUGUAAAAUUAGAGCAGCUGUCUCCCGGUCAGUGCCAAAAACUGAUUUAACAUCUAAAACCCAGUAGUUUUGCAUUAAUUAUCACCUUCCAGUAACUGUGAGGAUUCAGUUGACUUUCGUGCAGCUUUAAUGAGUCUCAUGUGACACUGUGUCCUUACUACACAGGCUAGCACACCUAUUGGCAAAACUGACAGACAUUUUUAGAUUCUUAAAACCAUGCAGAGUUCAAGUGCUGCUGUUUUACAACUGCUGCAGGUGCCACAUGACCCACAGGGCUGACAGAGUUUCAGGAAAAAAAAAGGCUUGUGAUAUGGAAAUUUUAUGUGGAAAGAAUAAAUGAACCCCCCCUGCCUCGGGAACUAGCACUGAGGUGUUCUUAAGCAAGAUGUCCCAUUGAAGCUGUGUGAAGCUCUCAGGUAUGAAAAUGUAUGAAAAGGAAACAAAUGUAACAGGUACAGUUCCUGCAGAGUCCCACUGCAUAAUUAAAGGUGAAGAAACGCUAAAAACUGCACAUACCUGUAGAAGUAGAUCAUCAGAGCACCCUGCAGAGCCUUGUAAGAGAGCCGCCUCUCACCUUGUUAACAAAACGGAGAAUAGAUUACUUUCAAAGGUGAGUGAUUUGUCUGGUUUAGGUAGUUUUGUAGCUAUGGUUGAAAUAUUAAGGUUUAAUACAUCUGAAUUCUGAAUUAAGUGCAAGCUGUAAACAAGUAUAAAUGUGGCCUUGACAAUUAUUACAUCUGAUUAAACACUGACCUUUGCUCAUUAGGUGGUCGUGACGCUUCUCAUCAAACAGUGAUGUGAAGGUCUCUCUCUGUUUGACCAGCUCAGCCAUCAGUUCCUCCUUGUCUUCAGAAUCUGGCAUUUUCUUUUGAAAAAAGAAAAAGAAAAGAAAGAAAAAUAGCCUUAAAUAAAAAUACAGUCUCUGUCAAUCAUCGUUGCACUCCUGGGAAUGCAGGAAAAGUUUGUUCUGAAAGCUGGAGUCAUCUCUUACCUCAAUUUUCUCCUUCUCCUGAUUCAGCCCAUCAAAUAUAUUGAUUUGCAGCCUUUCCCAGAAAUUGAAUCCAUCCACCUCCAAACCAGGAGUUCUCUCCAGCCACUCCUGAAAGAGCAGCCCAAGGUUUUAUCACAUUCAUAUCCUGUUCCGGAGCAGAUGAGCUUAUCCAAAGAAAAGUGCAACAAAACAGAAAUUCUGACAUACGGUAUCCCCUCUGUAAUUAACUAUGUAAGACGUACUUCAACCAGCUUCAGGAGGGUUGGCUCCUGUUCAGUGGCGAGCAGCAUCUCACUGUCCGAUCCUUUGAAGUUAUCUCUGUAAUGGCGUCUGUUGUACGGAACCCUCAGGUUGUCUGGGACCCCGAUUUUGUUCUCCAACAGCCGAAACUGAAGACUUUGGAAGCCGGACGCUGGAGAAAGAUAUUCCCUUCACAUACAAACACAAGUCAGCAUAAAUGCACACAACCAAAGCGCACUCAUAGAGGACUACAUCCUAUAAAACUUUUAGAGCUAAAAAAAUAGCCAGAAGGUAUUUAUCAGUUUACCUAAAGUCAAAAAAGUCCAGGGCUGUCAUUGUUUCCAAAACAGCAAACUGGUCCACCAGCAGUCUGAAGAUCAUUACAAUCCUGUGGAUGCGAGUGUUGACCUUGAGCAUGUUACGUUCAUCUCGGACCUUGAGGAAAUGAAUAGCAAAUGUUAUGAGAAUAAUUUAAAUAAUUUAAGCUUCAAAGUACAUCAUUGCACAGAAAACAGUGUAGUUACUGAAUUAGUUGAUGUUUUGCAUCACUAUUUCCUCAACCUAGUGUGUGCCGUUCUCAGAGGGAAUAAAAGAAACUGAAAAAUUACAGCUGUGCCACUAUUUUCAAUUCAGAACAUCAGCCUGAGUGAUGAACAAAAUGUCCUUUUUUCCCCCUGACUGAACUCCGGAGACAGAAUGACUAUAGAAUAUAGCUUCAUUUUGAACAGAAAGAUCUAUCAUUGCAUUCACUGAUGAUUUUGUACUCCUCAGUUCAUUUAAAUUAUUCUGCUUGAUUUUACAUUCGAAGCAACGUUCAACUCUUAACGCUGACAGUUCACAUCUAAAAGCUCUGAAUUUAGGGCUACAAAAAGUUUUUCCUCUUCCCAAUUGUGUGUAAGCUGGAUAUUUAGAAACUAGAUUUUUUGUUUUUUAUAGCUGUAAAUUUUAUUCAUGUCAAGUUUCCCUGUGUAUUUUGAACAAGGCAAAAAAACAUAAUGGAUGUUUCUGUCACCACAGAAAUGUGACUUACAUGUCCACUGAUGAAGAUGUGUCGUACUGAAUCAAGUUCAAACAGAAUCUGUUUGAACCAUAGUUCAUAGGCUGAAAUAAAACACAGAAGGUUUAAGUAUCCUUAAAUCCUAAUAUCCUUAGAUCUAUUUAUCUAUCUAUCUAUCUAUCUAUCUAUCUAUCUAUCUAUCUAUCUAUCUAUCUAUCUAUCUAUCUAUCUAUCUAUCUAUCUAUCUAUCUAUCUAUCUAUCUAUCUAUCUAUCUAUCUAUCUAUCUAUCUAUCUAUCUAUCUAUCUAUCUAUGUUAAAACAAUUUGACCUAUACCAAUUUCAUUUAAUUAAUUAACACUAAACUCACAUUGUUGUUAAAGACUGGAUCUAAGGAAAAAGCAGUGAUUUUAUUACCAACAGACAAAGAAAAAAGACUCAAACAAUAUGAAGCUAAAUUUACCUUGAUGGGUGACAAUGAAGAGGUGCUCAUCAUGGAUCUUGUUUCCUUUCACUUCACUUUGCAGUACCUGGGCUGACACUAUUUUGUCAAGCUGAGGAUUGGAAAGACAGAAACCAUUGAUUUAAAAACUUGAAUUCAACAACAAAUGCAAAUCCCAGUAUAUAUCUGUCUUUAAAAAAAAAAAAAAAAAAAAAAAGAAGCCACAAAGGUGAGAUAGGUGGUUUUCUACCUGCAGGUAGUCUCCAUAGAUGAUUCCUCCUUUACUGGCUUUGUUAACCCCUGCCUGAGAUGCAUCAUCAUCUUCCUCUGCUUUGGGAGGUUUAUUUUUGAAUAACCUGCGGUGCGAAGAGAGAGAAAGCCUUUUGUUACCUCACCUUUUUCCAUCAUCAGGAUAAGCUAUGAACUGUACGAGGUCUGCAUUUAAUGAAUGUGAAAAAAUGAAAUAAAAACAGGCUGAAAAAUAAAUCCCUAAGAACUAUAUUUUAGAUGUGAUGACAAUUCGAACGUACAAAUGCCUCUUCUCAAAAUACGGACAUCCACUCAUGACUAGUCCAAAUCGGUUGCGGCACAGAUGUAAUCUUCUUCCUUGACUAUUAUUUACUAAAAUUGUCGUCAGCGCGAUACAGGUUUUUAAAGAUUUAUCUUGUCCAAUCAGUCAUGAGCAAACACUCACCAUCCGGCCCGCCUCUAUUUGUCCCUCGGAGUCUUUGUUUAUCUUUACCGAGGACCACCUUCUGGACUUUAUGUGACUGGCCAAAAGAAAGGUCACAAGGCCCUUUUCAAAUAAUACCAAUGAAAAAAAAACACACUGACACAUCCUACUCUUCUGCAAAUGACCAGAUUAACAGGAAUAUCAGAUGUCCUCAAUGUUUUAAGAUUUGAAAUGAGUCAUGAAUCACUCACGACCUUUGUUCAAAUAGAACAGAGUGUAAUCAGCUCUAUUUGUAUUUUGCUGUCUCGGUCGCUGUGUUUACACUCAGAGGUUUGCUGUAUAUGUAUGUCUGUGAUGUAUGUAACAAACUGAACUCAGUUACAUAAGUGUCUCACUGAGAGGAGUGGACUCUUUACACAGUAGCAGCCCAGAUUACAACAUCUGGCUAACAGCACUGACAUGGACUUAUCUUUUCCUGUUCUUCUCUGUCUUGCCUUAAAUUUCAUUUUGCAUACAUUACUGUUCAAAAGUUUGGGGUCACCCAGACAAUUUCAUAUUUUCCAUGAAAACUCACACAUUUAUUCAUGUGCUAACAUAAUUGCACAAGGGUUUCCUAAUCAUCAAUUAGCCUUUCACCACAAUUAGCAUUAGAACAGUGGAGUGAUGGUUGCUGGAAAUGUUCCUCUGUACCUCUAUGUAGAUAUUCCAUUAAAAAUCAGCUGUUUCCAGCUAGAAUAGUCAUUUACCACAUUAACAAUGUCUACAGUAGUAUUUCUGAUAAAUUUAAUGUUAUCUUCAUUGAAAAAAAUGCUUUUCUUUAACAAAUAAGGACAUUUCUAAGAGACUCCAAAUUUUUGAAUGGUAGUGUACAUCUAAAUGUAGAACUCAUUUACAUUUUUGUCUAUGAUCUCAGUGCACCUAAAGGAUGUGAGUACGACUGUUUUACUGCUGAAAAUGGAAAACUAUUGUUUUUAACGUGGUUUUCAUGUAUUUCUGAAAACAGUUGAUAUAUGUGUUUUUUAUGAUUUAUGUUUCCCAGUAGGUCAGAUUGUCAUUUAUAUAUGUGUGUGUGUGUGUGUGUGUGUGUGUGUGUGUGUGUGUGUGUGUGUAUGUGUGUGUGUGUGUGUGUGUGUGUGUGUGUGUGUGUGUGUGUGUGUGUGUGUUUACCAAAAGACUCUUUGAACAAUUUUUACUGACUACAAAAACAUACACACACUUUUUAAGUCUUUAUAUGUGAAAAUAUAGCUGGACCGUAUCCUCAUGUUGUCUGGAAAUCACUGCUGCCACUCUGGGUCACUGGACUCAUCUGUAAAUAUUUGCCAUUGGUUAAUAUUUUAUUUACCUCAGUGAACAUCAUUAGUCAUGUGUAGUUUCAAGGUUACUUGUGGCCCAUGGACUGUACAUAAUGUGUUCUUAAAUACACUGAAGCUGUGUUGUUCUUCCCGGGAAACUGGACAGAUGUGAUGUACGUACCUCUAGAGUUGGAAGGCGUUGCUAUCCAUAGGUUGUUGACAUAAUGUUGUUGUUAGGCCUGUAAUAUCAGCUGUCAUGUAGCGAUCGUAGGACAUGCAGCUGGCAAGGUCUGUUGAAAAUAAUGACCAGCGUGGUACCCGCUUGCCCAAUUCCAAAAGGCAAAUUCUUUUCAAACAACAGUUAACCCAGUUUCAUCAGUGUUAAACUCUGAAUCCACAAUCCACUCCCUGUAAAUCUCUCCUACAUCAUUAGCUUGCUUGUUUUUUCACCCACACCUUUUCUGAACUUAUCAAGUAGAGUCCCAUCAGUGUGCAGCGGUCCUCAGAAGAUCAGAGGGAUGAUAACAAGCAGCUAUUUCUGAAUUGGGACAGGGUACAAGCCCAGCAUUAUAAGGCUGCGGACUGAACAAGAAGAGCAGAAGCAGCCCCAAAGAACAUGCUUUGUUCUUGUUUCCAUUUUCCCGGGAUGAAUGGGAUGCUAGUGGAGAGCGGGCACAGUGGCUGACAUGCUUAAGACGGCAUGAGACUGUCACUGUAGAUUCUCAAAGCCUUAACAAACCUGUCCAUCUCACCGAGAGGACGCACGUGUCAUUAUGGCUUAUCUCCAAGGUCUGAGUCAGUCACUGAUUAAAAGAAAGGAGGGGUAUGGCCUGUUUUUUAUUUCUUAAGGCAAUGUAAAACCCCACAUGAAAGUCGAUCUGUUUUCCUCUGUUUACCCCCAAAGUCCUUGAACUCUGCAGUUACAGUUUCCUGACGCGUGUGUUUUUUAAAUUUUUUUAUUUUUUAUUUUUAUCAGUGGUCAGCAUGGCCAUUAGCUGUGGCUACAUCUCUACAUGGAUUUUAAUCUCAGAAUUUUUGUACUCUCAAACCAUCAUCUUGAACAUGAUCGUUAUAUUAAUGACUGAAGUGUUAAAAAAAAUUUGGUCUUUAUCACAAGGUGGAUUGUUGCAUGCUGUUAUGAUUUAAGAGUUUUUUUUAAAUAUUAAGAUGAUAAUCACAUUAUUAGAAAAGAGGUUUGAUUCAAUAAAAUAUUUACAGAAUUUGAUGUAAUGAUCACAUCUGACUAACAGGAGUGAAAUAAAAUUGAGGCAAAAAAGGUUUUGAGUGAGUUGAAUGAACUUUUUGCACUCAUCUGGAUUGACAAAACUGUGUUCUGUUGUGCACAAGUACAAUGUCAAUAAAGUUGAAAUGAGUUUAAUAGGUAAGAGGAAACCAGCAAGAGUCAAUAAACAAAGAUCUAUAUUACGGGAAUGUUAUGUAAAUAUUACAGGUUUAGACAUUUUGUUCACUAAUAGAUACAAACUACUAACACUCUACCAUGUAGGAUGUUUGCAAAUAUGCAGUGAUUUUUGAUUAGUUGCAGAUAUAUCAAGCUUUAAGAGCUUCAUAUUAAAAUGUGUGACUACAUUGCAGGAUGGUUAAUGUGCCCAAUUACGAAUGUAAUUAUUCUGUGAUCACAAGUAGACAGAGCCUUAGUCCCCCUGUGUCCAUUAGCACAUGGAAAUAUUAAUUUAGUUUUGUAUAGUAGUCAGAAUUUAACCAAACAACUUGCAUGCUGCAUGUAUUUUCUAAAAUCCUGCAAAGAAACAGUUAAAAAUAAUUUGAUAUUUGGUUUCUGUGACACUCGUGAAAUUAAUUUGAUCCCUGCAGGUCCACCAGUUGUCAGCUGAAGGGUGAGUAAAAGCAAUAAUGAAAUCACACUGUGUGCUUCUGUGCUUGGCAGAACAAAAAAGAAAUCUGUUUUUUAAAAAAAAAAGUCAUAGAGGAACAUCAGAAACAUAGAUGAGUUUUGCAAAAUAGCAUACAUCAUAUUUGAGGAGGGGAAUGUAAAUUUAAGACUUAAAAUAUGUGCCGCCCGGGAGCAGUGAUCAAAUAUGCGUUUUAUUUAUACAUGGCAGCAUAUAAGUAGAUAUAAUCCGUGUAUGGUUCGCUCAUUCGUUUUUCCGUUUCAAAAUAAAAUCUGAAAAACCAAUUAACUGUCUUGUUUUUUUGUUUUUCAGUUUUUAAAACCUAAAUGUAGACAUGUAUUAUUUAACUAAUGAAAAAAACACAGUGUCGGAUCGAGAAUGGCUGUACUCGAGCCCUUUUCCUAUUUCAUUCUGUUUGAGAGUGGAAAACCCAGGCAUUACUCGAGAAUGAGAGUCAGGAGGUUCUGCUGGAGAACAGUUUAAGAAGACAUAAUCAUGUGUCCGAUGCUGAUUUGGAGAGAGCUGUAAUUUGUUCUGUUAACCACAUAUGUUAUUUUCAGUGCCAUAUUUUAUUAACUGUAGAAUGUUACGAUUCACUUUUGUGUGUUUACAGUCAGGUCCGACAUGUGGACGACAGUUUAUGACGGGAUACUGGUCAUCUAUUGGUGCCGCUGUUCCAAUUUAACUGGUGAUCAGGCUAACUGGUGAUAGUUUCUAUCUCCAGAUGUUUCGUCCUCAGAUUCGUCCAGACCAGACCUGGCUGUGUGUGAAAUAAAGAUACUAGAUAAAGUAGACCUUGCCGGAAAACGUCGGUAUCACUACUUAAUAAAGUCUGUAUCCAUGUAAAUAUCACCUACAGACAGUAAAAAGAAAUGUGCUGGCGAAAUAAUAAACGUGUUUUUAUGAAGGGUGAGAGGAAACGAUGGAAUCCAGAGAUAAAAUUAGAGAUCACAGUCUGACUCAUCAUGCCACCGAUCAGUUCAACAAACGUCCCGCUUCAUCCACAUAGAUCACUGUCAUUCUGUCAGGUGUUUAACACCUGGUGAUUGUUCAGGAAACACGCCCAGGUUAACUCGGGAUAAUCACAACUUAACACAGGCUGCCUGGUUAAUAACGAGACACAAAACUAUUUAUUGUCUCACCAAGAAAACCCACAACAUAGAAGCACGUCCACUGCUGUGUGUUAGUCUGAGUUCAGUGGAACAGAUCCAGAGCAGUAAGAGACAGGAACGAGAGAAGGUCCGUUUUUUCAUUUUGAGACCGGAAGUGGUCAUCAGCAAGUGUGGAGCCAAACAGAGUACGGUGCAUAGACUGUAUAUAAAUUUUUCGUUAGUUUUCAUGGCCAAAAUGAGAAAUCAGGUGGCUGAUCUUAAAAUAAAUCAAUAUUGAAUUUUUUAUAGAGCGUUAAAGUUUUGCGAAGCUAGGGGGCGGGGUUACUUGAUUGACAGUCCUGUCUGGAACGAUUGACAGGUUCUAUGGAGGAGGCAGCAGAGACUCUGCUCUCCUCGUUUGGAUUAAUUCUGAUACAAUAGCUGUUGGUUUAUUUAUCGGUGGAGCGGAAAAACCUUUUCCACAGACAGUUUUUCUGCCCGUUGGCUUGUUUUAACCAGUUUUCUACCUUCGGCUGAUUCUACCAGCAGACACUGAAAGGACUCUGAUAGUUCAGUCCCUCUCUAUCUCCCUACACAUCCACCAACCACUGGAACACAUCUCCAAAGUUCUGCUGGGCCAGCUCAGCUUCCCCUCAGAAGAAGUGCCACCACCUGCCAGAUGAAGGAGCCUUUUGAGAGGCAGCUGGCAUCAUGAUUGGACUGUACUUUGGUCUGUUCCAAUCCAGCUUCAGCUCCAGAGACGGCAGGCGGGACGAGUCAACGGAGGCCGGAUGGACGAAGGCAUGCAGCUGAGUACAAUCCAGAAAACAACAGAGGAGUGCAGCAGCCCAGAGCCAGAACAAACAGAGUAGCACAUUAUGUCUCUUAGAAAACAUCAUAGUAUAGCCUUUGGGAUGAAAAAACGCUAUCAUAUACAUCGUAUAUUGUACAAAUAACAAGUCAAAGGAAAGAGACAUACAUUGUAGAAUUGUAGUAAUUGUGGGCUGACUGAUUUACUGAUUAUCAGUAUUUUAUUUUUUACCGAUAUACGGUAAUAAAUACAUUUAAAAAUGGC